CAUGCAAGUUAUACACGUAAGCUUGAAGAUAAUCUCAAAGCUCUUAGUGUGGAAUUGGCAAAACUGAAUGCGCAAAGGGAUGACGUGAAGCGAAGGGUAGAUCUUGCCGAACAACAACGUAUGGUGCCGCUCAACCAAGUUCAACUCUGGCUUUCAAGGGUGCAGAUUGUGAGAGCUGAAGCUGAGGUAUUGAUCAAAGGUGGCACUCAACAAAUUCAGAAAUUAUGUUUUGGUGGCUGCUUUUCCAAGAAUUGUAAGUCUAGCUACAACUUUGGUAAACAAGUGACUAGAAAACUUGCAGAAAUAGUUGAUCUAAAGAAUGAAGGAGAUUUUGAAAGGGUAGCUAAGAAUGAACUUGCACCCCAAGUGGAUGUAAGACCUACUGAGCCCACGGUGGGUUUGGAAUCAACAUUGGCUAAUGUCUGGCACUUACUUGAAGAAAAAGGUGUGGGCAUUAUUGGGUUAUAUGGCUUGGGAGGAGUUGGUAAAACAACACUCUGGACCCAAAUUAACAACAAGUUAAGCAAUAACCUAAUCGAUUAUGAUAUUGUAAUUUGGGUGGUGACUUCUAAAGAUCACACUAUCGAAAAGGUUCAAGAAAAAAUUGGUGAAAAGGUUGGCCUUUCAAAUGAGUUGUGGAAGAGUAAAAGUUAUGAUGAGAAAGCUAUAGAUAUUUUUAGAAUUUUGAGCAAAAAAAAGUUUGUUCUGUUGAUGGAUGAUGUGUGGGAGCGGGUGGAUUUGAUCAAAGUUGGAAUACCUGUACCGAAUCAGGAUAAUGUUUCUAAAUUAAUUUUUACAACUCGCUUCUUAGAGGUAUGUGGAAAAAUGGAAGCUCAGGAGAAAAUGGAAGUAAAGUGUUUAAGAAAAGAUGAAGCUUGGGAAUUGUUUGAAAAAAAGGUUGGAGAAGAAACCCUUGACAGCCAUCCAGAUACUCGAGGGCUAGCUCAACAAGUAGCUGCAAAGUGUGGAGGACUACCUCUUGCACUGAUUACAAUAGGUCGAGCCAUGGCUUGCAAGAAGAUGCCCCAAGAUUGGAAAUAUGCAAUUGAGGUCUUGCAAAAGUUUCCGCAUAAAUUGGCAAGAAUGGAUCAACAGGUGUACUCUCUUUUAAAAUUUAGUUAUGAUAGCUUGCCUACUGACACGAUGAGGUCUUGCCUUCUGUACUGUAGUUUGUAUCCUGAAGAUUUUUUCAUUAGUGUUAAUCUGCUAAUAGAUUGUUGGUUUUGUGAGGGAUUUUUGGGUGAAUUUGGUAACAUAAGUGGAGCUCGAAUGCAAGGGUACAACAUUAUCAAUUCUCUUGUUGAUGCUUGUUUAUUAGAAAGAAGUGAAUAUUUUGCAGAAUAUGUAAAGAUGCAUGAUGUGAUUCGUGACAUGGCUUUGUGGAUAGCAUGUGAGUGUGAAGCACUUGAGAAGAAAUUUUGUGUACAAGCAAGGGUAGGAUCAAACAAGACACUUGAUUUUGAAAGUUGGGAAGGUUUAAGAAUGUCUUUGGCGUAUAGUGGAAUUGAAGGUCUAAGAGGAACACCUAGAUGUCCUAAUCUUCAAACUUUAUUUCUCAAUGGUAACAAUUUAAAAGUAAUUAGUAAUGGUUUCUUCCAAUUUAUGCGAAAUUUGAGAGUUUUAUACCUAUAUUUUAACAUGCAUCUUUGUGAGUUGCCAAAGGGAUUUUCAGCACUAGUUUCACUAGAGUAUCUCGAUCUAUCAUUUACAAGUGUAAGAGAGUUACCAAUCGAGUUGAAUAGGUUGUCAAGAUUAAAAAUUUUAAACUUGGUAGAGACAAUAUAUCUCCAAAAAAUCCCAAGACAAUUGAUAUGUAGAUUUUCAAAGCUGCAAAUAUUCAGAAUGUCUGUAUUAAGUUCAUAUGAAGAUGAAAUGGAUGAAGACAAUGUCUUGAACGGUGGUAAUGAAGAUCUAUUAAAGGAAUUGAAAUGCUUGGCCCAUUUGGAUGAGCUGCGCAUAGAAAUAAAAAGUGUUUUUGCUUUAGAAAGCCUUUUAAGCUUUCACAACUUACGAGGAUGCACUGAGCAACUUUUGCUCCUAGAUUUUCGGGAGACAAAGGUAUUCAAUGUUUCCUGUUUAGCAAAUAUGGAGCGUUUGGAGAGCCUAGUUGUUAGAAAAUGUGAAAGCAUGGAAGAGAUGGUCAUGAGGAAGAUGGAGAACGAAUUCGGGGAAGGAAGAAUGAUAGAAUCCUCUUCACUCUUUCCAACUAAUAGUAAUCGUAUUGCUCCUUGCUUUCAUGUACUGAGUGAGGUUUCGCUGGGCGGAUGCAACAAGUUGAAGAACGCGACGUGGCUUGCUUUUGUUUCAACCCUAACGAAGCUUGUUGUAAUGUCUUGCUCAAGAAUGGAAGAAAUAAUAAGUGAUCAAGUCACAAACAUGGUUGAAAUUCCAAAUCCAAGCCCAUUUGCUAAGCUAGAAAAGCUUGAUUUACGAGAUCUACCGAAAUUGAAGAGCAUAUGUUGGGGUGCCUUACCUUUCCCAUGUUUACGGCAAAUUAGAGUAUUCAAUUGCUCCAAGUUGAUAAAGCUUCCACUCAACUUCGACAGUGGGAAUCAAAUUAGCAUUGAAGGAUAUCAAGAGUGGUGGGAAAAGAUUCAAUGGAAUGAUGAAGUCACUCGAAAUGCUUUUUUACCUUCUUUCAAAUGUGUAGAUUGGUGGAAAGACGUAGAUUGGGAGGAUGAAGCCAUUAUACAUCCUACUUUGUUGUUUCGGAAACACAACAUAUUUGGGAGCAACUAUAGAAGCAAUAAUAACUUUUCUGCACUGAUGCAUAUCUUCUUAUUCUUUGGGCAGAGACUAGUACAUGGACAAGUCAAUCAGUUUGAUGAUAGCUACAUGUAUUUGGAAAUCAACAUUGAAAGAGAGAAAGGAUGCUGGAAAGUGUCUCAGGACAUUUCCUCAGUGGUCUAA